AUGGACUUCCUGAAGGCGGUCGCCAACGGGCACUACGAGGCGGUCCGGACGGCACUGGCCAAGGUCGACAUCGACUAUCAGGACGAACGGGCGGCCAACAGUGCGCUGCACGUGGCCGUGACGGCCAAGCGCAACCGAACGAAACUGAUCGAGCUGCUGCUCGGGGCCGGCAGCGAUUGCGAUCUGAAGAACCGGGAUGGCCUGACGGCAUCGGAACUGGCGCUGGACUGCGGCUGCCGCAGUGUGGCCGAGUUUAUGAUUCGUAAGGAGUUCGAGGGCUGGACCGAUGAUCGAACGGUCUAUCGGUUGGUGCGGCGAGGCUCGGUGGAACUGUUGCAGAUUUAUCUGGAGAAAAGGGCUUUUGAUAUUCAUACGAAGAUGAAAUUGAUUCGACGGGUGGUGGAUGAGUUGGGCGUAAAGGGGGUGACGAUCGGAGAGCGGAUGAAGGUGUUUCUGGAGUAUCAAUUGGUGGAGUAUGGCUAUCGGUACGGGACGAAAAGUGCCGGCGAUGGUGGCGCGAAUGGUGAUCAAGAGGCUGAACGGCGCGUGGAGUUGAUACUGAACUAUACCAAAUAUUUGAGGGAAAACUACUGCGGCGAUGAUUUGAACGAUCUCGAUGACAGGUUCGUUCUGAGGCUGCGAAUGAUUUGCGAGUGUUGUUACUUUCUGGAGGACGUCGAGCGGCGCCGCGAGCGGAAGCUUUACAAACACGUUCCCCUUUCGGAGAUAACCUACUUGAUCGGGGUAUUUUUAGCCAUCUUGGAGAAACACGUCGGCUUCGAGAUUUAUAAGCUUGUUAUUAAUAAAAAUAUGAUUAUGUCGUACUUGGAGGCGGUUUGUUACGAGUUGCGGGCGGCCACGGUGGGGGACCGGCGGCGGCCAAGCGGUUUCUCGUUCCAAUGGACGGCGCAGCUGUUGUUGGAUCUCAUCGCGUGCAUCCGCGAGGAGCGCCUGCUGCGAUACGUCGCCAGGAGGAAGCGUGCUAGUGUGGAAUUGCAACGGAUUGCUGCGAUGCGCGACGACGACGGGGAACUGACGGCAGCUGACCGGGAGAAGGUAAUGAAUGAAAUCCGACAGAAGGAAUUUCUCGUACUGCAGGAGGGUGUGCAACCGCGGGAUACCGCGGGCGGUAAGUGGUGUGUGGAGGAUUUUGUUCGCUGCUUGCGAUGCGAGGAGAAGCGGAAAACAAUCCCCGAACUGUGGCACCGGCGACAUCCGAAGCUGCGGCUCGCGAAGCGACAGGCGCAGUUUGUGGUGAGCCGCCGAGAGUUGAGCAAAAUUAAGCAACAGACCGUGACCGAGCUGAGUCGGAAUAAGCUGAAGCUUAUCGAGAAGGAAGUGAAUUCGCGCGAGCUGCAAGCGCUCGGUAGGAAAAUUUGCCGGCGCAGCCGGAUAGUUUUUCGUCGGAUACGGAAAAGCUACGACCAGAUUAAGCAGAUGUAUACGGUGAAAAAGAUCGCUUACUACGUGGAGAAUGCCAUCAUUGUGGAUAUGGACGUACUGGCGAAUGAGUCGCUGUGCAUUCUGGCGAUCAAAAGGGUGCUCCACCUGAUGGACGAGUCGAAGCGGAGUUGCGAUCAGAAUCCGACCUUCGUGCGGAUGUUGGAGAACGUGCUCGAUCAUGUGCUGGCUUCGGUGAAGGUGGGCAAUAAAAGCCAGGAUAUCCGGGAUUUUUUCUCGCAAAAGUAUUCGCUUGCCAAGUAUUUCGCCAAUAAAUCGCUGGACAUGAGCCAGUACAAGCUGAUGCAGGACAGUCUCCGGUCGGUGUAUCGCUUUUUUCUCUAUGUAAUCAAUAUUCAGCUGAUCGAGGCGUACAAGACGUUCCUCGGGACGGCUUACCGUUUGCGAAAUCUGGCCCAGGUUAAGUCGUUCGCCAAGUACAUCGGCGAUCACAAUCUGCACACGUUGAGUCACAUUCAGUUCGAUCACGUGUUCUACAAUGAGGACGAAACAGCUCAGAUCAUCCGGGAGUUGAAGAAGAUGUAUUUGGGAAUGGCAAAUGAGCUGAAGCUGUUGUCGUUUAUCGAGAAGAACAUUCAGUUUCGGUUUUACCACAUGCAGUACCAUCAGACGAGGCUGCGGGUGACGUUGAGUAACUUUUCCGUGGUCUAUCGGGCUCUGCGAGCGAAUCCCUGUUUCGAGAGUAUCCGGAAGCUGGUGCACUCCUAUCUGCACCAGAGCUAUCAAAAGUACGACAUAUCGAAGUCGAUCUCCAUCUCGGACUCGACGCUGGCGCUGAAGGAGUUGCUUCGACCGUACGGCAGUGUGCGCGAGAACGAGGAAACCCUGAUGGUGGUGCGCCAUCUGGAGCAGCUGCAGGAACUGAUGGAUCCGGAUCGGUUGUUUGGGAUUAAUCCGGUUAAGGGUCGCACGCGAAUCGACGAUGCCGGGAAGUAUCACCAUUUUACGAGGAAGAUUCUGAAGGAGAUGGGACUGCAGCUGAACGAGGAGGAUUUUCGCCAGUUGCAUGAGAAACUGCGGCGGACGUAUUAUGAGAAUAUCUUUUUGCUGCAGAAUCGCUACCGGGUGAUGGGGGAGUUUUUCAAGCAGCGCGGUAUUGCCGUUGAUGGGAAGGUGUUGGCCGAGUAUCGGGAACGGGAUGAGGAGCUGCUGCAGGAGUUGUUCGAUGCGAAGGUGAACGAUGUGAUUCAGAUUUUGGAGAAGUUCGAGUGCGCGACGGUGGACGGGGUGUUGGAGUGUUUGGGCGAACUGCCGGCUUUCGUGCAGAUUGGGCUGGAGUUUGCUUUGCUUGAGUUGCUGGAGAUUCUGGGAGCGGUCAAUGGUCUGGCGACGAAUGGUAACGGUGUCCGAGGCGGUGCCUCGGUUUUGAGCGGGAGAAGUCUGAAAAGUUAUCUGGAACAGGACUCGCUGGUGUUGGAUCUGUUGGUGUUCAAUUCCGGUGCGACGGUGUUUUUGAACGCGCUGGUGUUCAAGCAGUUUGGCUUUCGGCUGUACGGUGGUGGCGCGCAAAUGCAGGAAGCUCCGGCGGAGCUGGGCGACUUCGAAGAGCGGUAUAAGGAACGAUGGAAGUGGUUCGAGAUGCAGGAGAUUCUGUACGAGUCGGUACGACAGGGUGAUCUCCAGCUGCUGAAGGAGAACGUCAGCAAUGGAUCGGAUCUGAGAGGCAAACGAUUCGGGGCGUUGGUUUCGAAGGAACUGUGCCAGUACAGCUUGAUCGAUUGUGCAAUCGCUGAGAACUUUAAAGAUAUGAUUGACAUGCUCAAUCGGGAUUACGACGAAAUCAGUGAGGAGCGAAAGAAACUGCUGGAAUACCUGCUCAGGCGGACCGUAAAGUCACACUUUCUUGUUGGUCAAUACUGCAAACUGAAGCCCGAAGAUCGCAAAAUGCUGGUGCUGUAUUUGUCAAUGUUUCUUGGGGACGUAGGAGUUUUUCUCAAAAACUUAGAUCGCUACAAUGCCCAUCAGGAUCUGCAUCUGUUUGUAAUUUCGGAGAAUCAUGGAUUUGUCAGCGAAAUGCUGCACCGCUUGAAGACUUUCGACUACAAUCGGACUGAUUCGAGUGGUAUGACAAUCCUGCAGAAAGUUGUCAUUUCCGGAAAUCUGCAAGCAACGGAAGUUUUAGCUCGCAAUAAACGUGUGGAUCUAAAUGCCGUAAACAGCGCAAAAUACACGGCCCUUAAUCUAGCCUGCCGGCUAAAUCUGCUGGACAUUGUCAAAGUGCUUGUUCAGCACCGGGCGGACGUAAACGUGAUGAGCGAAGACGAAAAACUACCCGUUUUCUGGUUGAUUCAAUACCAAAACCCGAAGGAACUGGUUUCUCUUGCGAUCGAUUCCGGCACGGAACUGACCUCCUUCUCCAGUGAGCUCUGCCUGCUGCACAAAGCCAUCGAAUUCGACAAUCUGGACGUCGUACGCUACCUGAUCGCUGACCGAAAAGUGGAUCCCACCCGGAUCUACUCGAACUGCAACAACGUAAUUCAUGCCGCAGCCAGCUACAACCGCUACCGUGUGCUCGGCUAUCUUCUGUCGAAUACCGGCAUCCGCAAGCUGGUCAACAACACCAAUCUGGUUAAAAACACCCCCCUAAACAUCGCCUGCAAGGAAGGCUACCUUCGGAUAGCUAGAAUGCUGCUGGAUCAGGGCGUCCGAACGGACACCAGCGGGGAGUACGGCCUAAACGCCCUAGCCUUCGCCAUGUACACAAACGGUUUCAAGCUGAUGAAAAUCCUGUUCCGACAUGGGGCCACCAUCAGUUACCCGCUCAGCUCGGACUUCCAACCGCUGAACAUGGCCAUCCUAAACAGCAACAUCCCGAUGCUGAACUUCCUCCUGCGGAACGGCGUCGACGUCAACAGUGCUCCGCUCUGCUUCAUCAACGCCGUCUACUCCCAAUCGAAAGAGAUCACCCGCAUCCUGAUCGCCUCCGGCGCAAAACACAUCAACUACAAGGACGAAUUCUGCCAGACGGCACUUCACCUGUGCGUCGAACGGGACGAGUACGACAUCGCCCAGGAGCUGAUCCGUGCCGGAGCGGACGUCAACGCUAAAAACCGUUCCGGAACGACUCCCCUCCACCUAGCGGUUAGCCGACGUAACGUUCGCUUCGUCCAGCUGCUGCUGGACAAUCGCUGCCAGCUGGACGCCCUCGAUUACCACGGUGAAACGCCGCUCAUCAAGUCGGUGGUGUGCAAUAACCUAAAUAUAGUGAAAAUUCUGCUCAACAACGGUGCUAGCGUCGAACGGCUGCGCAACAGCGAACCGUCCGUCCUCCUCUAUCUGGUACAGGAAAACUACGAGGACAUUCUGGACUACCUGCUCGAGUACUACCGGUUCGAUCCGAACGAGCAGGACGCGUACGGUAACUCGCUGCUGUACGUAGCCACCCAGCACAAUCACAUCAACAUCGUUAAGCUGCUGGUGGACAAGUACCACGCCCGGGCCAACACCACCAACAACAAAAAGCUUACGCCGCUGAUGAUUGCCCGCGUCAAGGAGUACCGGGAGAUUUUCAGCUUUCUAGAGGCCCGCACCGUCGCGGCGGAAGAGUAG